UAGGGUGAUGAGAUAGAGGAAGAGGAGGAGGAAGAGGAGGAGGUGGUGGUAGAGAAGUGUGCGGAGGAGGAGCAGAGUCCCAGUGAAACGGUCACAGAUCAAGCCUGCUCUGUUAUUGAGGACCUGAGUGUGGCUGAGCAGGAGGAAGAGAAGGGUGAAAAGGGUGAUGAGGAAGAGGAGGGGAGCCAGGAUGACCAGAAACUGCCCCAAGAGAUAAUGGACGCCCUGCUGUUGCAGUGUUUUCUCCAUGCUCUGAAGUGCAAGGUUAAGAAGUCGGAGCUCCCCCUGCUGACCAGCACAUUUCUCCGCAACCACAUGUUCUCCUGCUGCCCAAGUGGAAAGCAACUUGAUAUCAAAAAAUCCAGCUAUAAAAAGCUGUCAAAGUUUCUACAGGCCAUGCAGAAGCAGCAUAACCUUGUGCGAGUGAAGGAACUUACCAAGGGCGUGGAGAGCAUUGUGGAGGUGGACUGGAAAAAUCAAGAACUGCGCUCCUUUAAAGUUCCUGAGGAAACUGAUGUUGAAACCGCUCCGGCGCAGGAUGGAGGGGAAGGAGAACUUCCAUACCAUCCACCUGAGAUCACAACUCUGUAUUCUGUGUCAGCUCGACUGGAGCCUCUCUUUCUGGAUGCAAAAAAGAGGAAAGGAACAGUACUGCAGCCUGCUGAAGUGAGACAUAUUGUCACAGAGUAUGUGAAGACGAAUGAACUGGUGGAUGAAAAUAAUAAGAAUUACGUGACCAUAAACCCUACUCUGUGUGACUGCUUGUUGGAGAAAUCGGAAUACCAGGAGGUCGAGUCUCUCAAGUGGGAUGACCUCUUUAGCAGGACGUUGGGAAGAAUGCAGCAGUGCUAUCAAGUUGUGUUCCCCGGACAAGCACCCAUAACAAAGAAGGGCCACAUUGAGCCCAUAGACAUCUCUGUGGCUUCUCGAGGCUCCAAUAAGAAGGUCACUCUUAUAAAGAACCUGGAAGUGUACGGUUUGGAUCCUGCUGUUGUGGCCACCGCUUUGCAGCACAGAGUCCAGGCCAGUUCUGUUUUACAGCCCCUCCCUGGAUCCAAGGACAAAGUCCUGGUCCAGAUCCAAGGAAACCAGAUUCAUCAAGUUGGCAAUUUGCUGCUAGAUCAUUAUAAAAUUCCUCGAAAGUACAUCCAAGGACUAGACAAAGCUCCGAAAGGUGGCAAGAAGAAGUAACAUUUCAACCUGCUCUACCAACCACUUACUGUGGUUAAAGCUGCUUUACUGUAUGUAGACGCCAAAACCAACUGUUGGUCAUUUGUGUAAUAAAAGUGGUUCACUGUCAUCUUCUGAAGGUUGAUGAAUGAA